GUGUGUGUGUGUGUGUGUGUGUGUGUGUGUGUGUGUGUGUGUGUGUGUGUGUGUGUGUGUGUGUGUGAACAGCAUGGCCAACAUCGCGGUCCAGCGGAUCAAACGGGAGUUUAAAGAGGUCGUUAAAAGCGAGGAGACGAGUAAAAACCAGAUCAAGGUGGAUUUAGUGGAUGAGAAUUUCACAGAACUGAAGGGGGAGAUCGCAGGACCGCCAGAUACGCCUUAUGAAGGUGGCAGAUAUCAGCUAGAAAUAAAAAUCCCAGAGACAUAUCCGUUUAAUCCACCUAAGGUUCGGUUUAUAACGAAGAUCUGGCAUCCCAACAUCAGCUCAGUAACAGGUGCCAUUUGUUUGGACAUCCUGAAGGACCAGUGGGCAGCGGCGAUGACCCUCCGAACAGUUUUACUGUCACUACAGGCUCUUCUGGCCGCCGCUGAACCAGAUGACCCACAGGACGCUGUAGUUGCCAAUCAGUAUAAACAGAACCCAGAGAUGUUCAAACAGACGGCUCGACUCUGGUCACAUGUUUACGCAGGAGCUCCCGUCUCCAGCCCAGAAUACACUCGCAAAAUAGACAAACUCUGCGCCAUGGGCUUUGAUAAAAACUCAGUGAUAGCGGCGUUGUCGUCGAAAUCCUGGGACGUGGAGACCGCGACAGAACUGUUGCUUAGUAAUUGAGUCCAGCCUGAGGGGCCAAAUCACCUUAUCUGACAC